GACUCGGGUCGGGGUCGGGGUUGGCUAUCACGAUGGGAGUGAGCGGAAACUCCGCUUUCUAGUCACCGACGUUUUGGUGAGCGAAGCAGACCUCAAGUCUGCAAACAGGAUUUUCUAAGAUGGUAAUUGAGUGCUUUAAAGAAACUUGACAGGAUGAUGAAGAACGAAGUGAGGGGUAGUAAGUCUUAUGCAGAUCUGGAGAUUGGUCUCCACUCACUUUUUAAUUGUGAAGACUUCAAAAUACAGUUGGAUCUACCUCUCUUUUGAAAAACUUCUCCACCAAGCAAUAAAUCACCCAUGGUGCUCUUGUUGUAGCAGAGCAGCUUUUGAGUUUUCUAAGGCUAAACAAGAUUUUUAUUUUUCCCAUGAAGCCACACUGUUGCUUCUUCACUUUAAUGGUGAUUGUUACUGUGCCAGCUGCUUCUGUUUUGGAAGAUGCGGACUUCACCCAAGUUACCCCACUGGGAGCAAAUCAUAGUUCCAUCUCAGCAGGAUCCCACUCAGCUGAUGAUGUCGUCAUAGCCAGAGAGGGAGCCAAUGUUUCAAUUGAAUGUCUUCUCACAAUUGGUCACUAUGAAGAUGUCCAUUGGUACAACUCUAAAGGACAGUACCUGGAUGGCAGAGACAGAGGUGGAAAAUGGUUGAUUUCUGAUAACUUCCUGAAUAUCACCAACAUAACCUUUGAUGACCGCGGGCUCUAUACAUGUUUUGUCACAUCCCCAGUUCAUCCCUCCUACUCUGUCACCCUACGCGUUAUUUUCACCUCGGGAGACAUGAGUGUCUACUAUAUGGUUGUUUGCCUGAUUGCCUUCACAAUCACUCUCAUCCUGAAUGUCACACGGCUGUGCAUGAUGAGCAGCCAUCUUCGCAAGACAGAGAAGGCCAUCAAUGAGUUCUUCAGAACUGAGGGCGCUGAGAAACUUCAGAAGGCCUUUGAGAUUGCAAAGCGCAUCCCCAUCAUCACUUCAGCCAAGACUCUGGAGCUUGCUAAAGUCACUCAGUUUAAGACCAUGGAGUUUGCUCGUUAUAUUGAAGAACUGGCAAGAAGCGUUCCUCUUCCACCCCUUAUUCUAAACUGUCGGGCCUUUGUUGAGGAGAUGUUUGAGGCUGUGCGAGUGAAUGACCCUGAUGACAUGGGUGAAAGAAUUAAAGACAGACCUGCCUUGGAUGCUCAAGGUGGCAUCUAUGUCAUUAACCCAGAGAUGGGGCGGAGCAGUUCACCAGGAGGAGAUUCAGACGAUGGGUCUCUGAAUGAACAUGGCCAAGAGAUAGCAGUUCAGGUUUCUGUCCACCCUCAGUCAGAGACCAAAAGUAUUGAUACAGAUUCUCAAGACAGCAGUCAUUUCAGCCCACCUGAUGAUACAGGAUCUGUAGACUCCAGCUCUAACUACAAAGAUGGAACAUAUGAAAACUGUCAUCUCUGAGCUGUCCCAGUCCCUGCAAAAACAGCUCUUAGGAGGAACCUGUUUCAUGGAGGAGAUAACAUUUUUACCAAAAGAUAACUGGAGAUUUUCCCUUUGAUGUUCCACACAUCAGAACAUGAAUUGCCAGACUCUUUGUAAAAAUGCAGCAGUUUCCCCAUUAGCUCCCAGUCAUUUUCCUUAAACUUGAUUAAAUGAUGCAUGUUACAAUUUAAAGGAGCCUAAGAGAUAAACAUGAUGGGGAAAAUACUGAACUAAGGGCCUUGUGGCUUCUCCUCUGGUCAGUUUUUCCAUUGAUCAGAUGUGAUACUUAUUUUGAAGCCUCAGUUUUCCCCUCAGUAAGACAAGAGAUUUGUAUUUGACAAAAUUGAAGUUGUCCCUAAUCCUGUAACUUCCUACCUGUUACAUUUAAACCGUGAAAAUCUGCGGCACAUCUCUGAAGCUAGCCCUAGACAUUUAGUCUCUUCUUUUUGGAAAGGACCAACUGAGACUUUAUCUUGUGAUCUGGCUUUCUACACUGUGCCAUAGUACACAGAAGUGUGUGUAAUUUUUCAGAUGUUCUUCCAUGUGGAAAGUACAAUUAUAUGUGCUGGAUUAAAUCUUUUCUUCAGUGUAGCACGUGACUGUGUUGUUACACAGAUAUCAGGGAGCUGACUGCUCAUUAGUAAACUACUUCCCGUGAGUGAAUUGAUCCUUGUUGGGGGGACAUCAUAAGACAUCAUUUAGUUCAUUGAGGCUGGCAGUCAUUUCCCAGCUGACCUCCAGAAGUGAGCAGUGUGUUCCUAAGGAAUAAUUCAAGACUUUUAGGAUAAGAACAGUGUCAAAUUGUCUCUGAUAGAUCAUAGAUUUUGAUAUUUCUGUUAAGAAUUUCUCAGGCUCUCCCUUUUGAAAAGUACUAGACUCUACAUGUGGGUUCUGUGUUUGCGAUCUCAUUCUAGGAUAAAACCGAGAACUGUAUAUUCCUCUUUAGACCUCAGUCAACAUCCUUUCCCUCUGUGGUCUUAAAUAUGGUGCUAAAAGUUGCACGUUUCCCUAUCUUGCUUGUUGUGUUGAUAUUUUAUUUUUUAUGUUUUUAUUUUUGGAUACUUCAGAUGUGUAAUUUUGAGCUAGGGCUGCUUUUGUGUCCUGAGAAAUAAUUACCUGAAACAAGAUUAGAUAAAUGUGUUUGGUGGGUUACUACAUUAAAAUACACAGAUAAUCUAGACAUAAAACGGGAGGAAAAUGAUGGAUGAUGCCACCUGGUUCAACUGUGUAUAAUAAACACUUAGGAUGACAUUUCUUGCCUGGCUAAGAUCUGAUAUAAUGGAAUUGUAAAUACUCUUCAGAAUAAUUUCUUCAGCUACAAGAAGCUUGGUGCCAUAUAAUUUUAAAAACUUGGCAGUGGAACUGCAUUUAAUGCUUCACGUUUCUUCAUUUGGUUUCUGGUUAUUGAAGCAUUACUUGAACUAGAGGAUCCUGAGGGAAAUGUUCAGAGGAGGUUUUAUCAGGAUUUUAAUUUAAGGUUUCAAACAGAAGAAGACAGGAAAUUCAAAGUGAUUAGUCAAACUCAUGCCUCCCUUUGUCCAGGCUUAUCAGAAGUAAUACAUCUGUUCUAGACAGCAUGAAUGAAUCAAUGAGCAGCUUUAUCAGAUGGCUUUAUGGAUAAAGAUGAUAAUGCUGCCUUUUCUGUCUCUCAGGCUGUUUCUAUGGAAACCUCCAGGGCCAAACAAAAGCUACCAGUCAUUUAGCCAAAGCUUACCUUGGCUUGUAGACAUAUAUUUCUUCAAGGAAAAUUGUUUUCAUACAUUCUGCUAUUAGAGCAGGGGCUCUUGAACAUAUCCUAGAUUAUAGAAUAUACUUUCUCUUCCCACAGUGUUUCUCUUUAAAAAUAAGAAAAAUUUAAAUCCCUUGUGUGGGAUCAGUCUCCUGAAUAUCCCUCAUACCUUCAGGUAGUACACCAAUCCUGUCCUAAUAUAGCAAGUGUAGCAUCCUCUCUUAGUACGUAACUUGUUACUUUAAAGAUAGUGGAUUUACCCCACAUGUUUUCAGAAGGGAUAUUAAUGUUUAGAAACCUUUGGUAGACAGAUUUAAAGAUCAAAGACCUGAGAAACAGAACUUUGGGAAAACAUAGGAAGUACUGAAAAAAAAAUUGUAAGUUUUGACAAUAUGAUAUAAUAAAAGUAUAGGCUGCUACUGCAGUGUAUCCUAGAUAAAUUAUUUUAGAAACAUAAUGGUGACCUAAUUGGCAGCCAAAGUAACUGGUUUAAUUUGAAUCUUCCUAGUUAUGGUGCCAUGAAGGAGGACAAAAUUUAAUAGGUGUGGUGGGUAAGGUGCCCCACGACUACAAGCACUCUUAUAAUCCCAGCAUUUGGGAGGCUGACAUAGGAGAAUUAAGACUUUAAAGCCAGCCUGGUCUACAUAGUGAGUGAGACCCUAUCUCGAAAUACAAAAAAUUAGUAGGAGUUGGGACCAUUUCAUGCAGCUAGUUUUCAAGAGGAAUAAAAUCACACGUUAAUAUUUUUUGUAUCUAAUAAAAUACUCUUCAUCUGUAAUUAGCAGUCUCAUCUUUUUGUAAAUUCCUUAACCUUUGGAACUUCAACUACAGUCUAAAAGUCUUAACAGUAACUGUGGUAUAAUUAUCUUUUUGUCUCACCAAAUUCACGUUUGUAAAAAAAUGCCUUCACCUAACAAAAUGUACCUAAAAUCCUUUUGUCGUCUCAUUUGUGAAUUUUGUAUUGUCAUUUAAUGAGCUUUAUUGUCCUUAUGAAAUGUAGUAAAAUAAAUUUCCAAAAAGUGACAAA